AUGCUGGCACCCCCGGCCUCCGAGACUGCGGUCCCCAUGUCCCAGGCGGAGGCCGACCUGGCCCUGCGGCCCCCGCCGCCUCUCGCUGCCGCGGGGCCGCCCCGCCUCGGGCCCCCUCCUCGCCGGGCGCGCCGCUUCUCCGGGAAGGCUGAGACCCGGCCGCGCUCUUCCCGUCUCAGCCGCCGCAGCUCAGUCGACUUGGGGCUGCUGAGCUCUUGGUCCCAGCCAGCCUCACCCGCUCCGGAGCCCCCUGAGCCUCCGGACUCCGCUGAACCCGACCCCGCGAAAAGCCCACCGCCUAGCUGCCCAGAACCCUCCGAGGGCACGUGGACCGGGGGAGCCCCCGCGAAGGCUGCAGACUCAGCGCGUCCAGAGCUAGCAGUCUCGGCAGGAGGCCCGGGGUCCCGGGAACCGCCGAGGGUCCCCGAAGCCGCGGCUCGGGAGCGGCAGAGGGAGCAGGAGGAAAAGGAAGACACGGAGACCCAGGCAGUGGCAACGUCCCCGGACGGCCGAUACCUCAAGUUUGACAUCGAGAUCGGACGUGGCUCGUUCAAGACGGUGUAUCGAGGGCUGGACACCGACACCACGGUGGAGGUGGCCUGGUGUGAGCUGCAGACUCGGAAACUCUCUCGAACGGAGCGGCAGCGAUUCUCUGAGGAAGUGGAGAUGCUCAAGGGGCUGCAACAUCCCAACAUCGUCCGCUUCUACGAUUCGUGGAAGUCGGUGCUGAAGGUCCAGGUUUGCAUCGUACUGGUCACCGAACUCACCUGUGACCUCGGCAGCUCAGGCGUGAGCUCUGCAUACCUGAGGCGGUUCCGUGAGAUGAAGCCGAGAGUUCUUCAGCGCUGGAGCCGCCAGAUCCUUCGGGGGCUUCAUUUCCUACACACCCGGGUACCCCCCAUCCUGCACCGGGAUCUCAAGUGCGACAACGUCUUUAUCACUGGCCCUUCAGGGUCGGUCAAGAUCGGGGACCUGGGCCUGGCCACGCUCAAGCGCGCCUCCUUUGCCAAGAGCGUGAUAGGGACCCCGGAGUUCAUGGCCCCGGAGAUGUACGAGGAAAAGUACGAUGAGGCGGUGGACGUGUACGCGUUUGGCAUGUGCAUGCUGGAGAUGGCUACCUCAGAGUACCCUUACUCCGAGUGCCAGAAUGCCGCGCAAAUCUACCGCAAAGUCACUUCGGGCACAAAGCCGAACAGCUUCUAUAAGGUGAAGAUGCCUGAGGUGAAGGAGAUCAUUGAAGGCUGCAUCCGCACAGAUAAGAACGAGAGGUUCACCAUCCAGGACCUCCUGGCUCACGCCUUCUUCCGCGAGGAGCGCGGCGUGCACGUGGAGCUGGCGGAGGAGGACGACGGCGAGAAGCCCGGCCUCAAGCUCUGGCUGCGCAUGGAGGACGCGCGGCGCGGGGGGCGCCCGCGGGACAACCAGGCCAUAGAGUUCCUGUUCCAACUGGGCCGGGACGCGGCAGAGGAGGUGGCGCAGGAGAUGGUGGCCCUGGGUCUAGUCUGUGAAGCUGACUACCAGCCAGUGGCCCGCGCAGUACGUGAACGAGUUGCUGCCAUCCAGCGGAAGCGCGAGAAGCUGCGCAAAGCUAGGGAGUUGGAAGCCCUCCCCCCUGCACCAGGACCCCCAGUGUAUAAUGAGUUCAUUCUGCCCUCGGAGCGAGCCGGAUUCCUGAGCCGCAUUCGGGAGAUCAUCCAGCGAGUGGAGACCCUGUUGAAGAGAGAUACUGGCCCUGUGGAGGCUGCUGAGGACCCCCUGGGCCCCCAGGUGGAGCCAGCACCAUUGCCUGCCCUCUCUGACCCCCUCCCAGACCCAUCCCGUGAGCUCCAGAGCAGCACCUCCCUGGAGCAGAGUUGCUGGGCAGCCUUCUCCACCUCGCCAUCUUCUCCUGGAACCCCCUUGUCUCCUGGAAGCCUGUUUUCCCCCGGAACUCCUGUCUCCCCAAGUCCCAUUUCCCCCAUCACUUCUCCCCCAUGUUGCCCCAGUCCUGUCCCAUUCUCCCAAGUCUCUUCAAAUCUCUCUCCACAGACCCUCAGCUCCCCACUGGCAUUCUCCCCCAGUGCUGCCCAGUUCCCUGGCCCUGCCUCUCAGUCUCCGCUGAGUUGCCUUCUCCCUUCUCCACCUGCCUUCUCUCCCAGUUGUUCUCAGGUCACCAUUACUCCUCCUUCCUUUCCCCACUGCCCCUCUGCUUCCCCCCUUCCCUCCACCACAGCAGCCCCUCUCCUCUCUCUGGCUAGUGCCUUCUCACUGGCUGUGAUGACCGUGGCCCAGUCCCUGCUGUCUCCCUCACCUGGGCUCCUGUCCCAGUCUCCUCCAGCCCCUCCCGCUCCCCUCCCUAGCUUGCCCCUGCCCCCUCCCCCUGCUCCUUGUGGCCAGGAUAGGCCUUCACCCCCAACAGCUGAGACGGAGAGUGAGGUCCCGCCAAAUCCUGCUCGGCCACUCCUGGGCGAAGCCAGACUAGCGCCCAUCUCUGAAGAGGGAAAGCCACAGCUUGUGGGGCGUUUCCAAGUGACUUCAUCCAAGGAACCAGCUGAGCCUCUACCCCUGCAACCAACAUUCCCAACUCUCUCCAGUUCCCUGAAGCCUCCAACCCCUCAGCUGACCUCGGAGAGCUCAGACACAGAGGACAGUGCUGGAGGCGGGCCGGAGGCCAGGGAGGCUCUAGCCGAAAGUGACCGUGCAGCUGAAGGCCUAGUGGCUGGAGCUGAGGAGGAAGGGGACGAUGGGAAGGAACCCCGAGGGGGGGGCAGCCCCCCACCCCAGAGCCAUCCCAGCCCAGUGUGGAUGAACUACUCAUACAGCAGCCUGUGUCUGAGCAGUGAGGAGUCAGAGAGCAGCGGGGAGGAUGAGGAAUUCUGGGCUCAGCUUCAGAGUCUUCGGCAGAAGCACUUGUCGGAGGUGGAGGCACUACAGACACUACAGAAAAAGGAAAUUGAGGACUUGUACAGCCGGCUUGGGAAGCAGCCCCCGCCGGGUAUCGUGGCCCCAGCUGCUAUGCUGUCCAGCCGCCAGCGCCGCCUCUCCAAGGGCAGUUUCCCCACCUCCCGCCGCAACAGCCUGCAGCGCUCUGAGCCCCCGGGCCCUGGCAUCAUGCGAAGGAACUCCCUGAGUGGCAGCAGCACCGGCUCCCAGGAGCAGCGGGCAAGCAAGGGGGUGACAUUCGCCGGGGAUGUUGGCAGGAUGGGCCCAUGAUGGAGUUCGUGCUCUCAGAAUCUGCUGACCAACACAGCUCCGCAAGAAGACCCCAGUACUGAGGAAGUAGAAGGCCAAAGGGGCAUGGAGAGUGCUGCUCCAUUAGAGGGAAGAGCCAAACACAGGGAAUGAUUUACUGUGUAGAAGGUGUCAGUUCUGCAGCCUACCAUCCUCAUUCCUCCACCUCCCCAGCCAAAGGUCAACCACUAAGCAAUUCCACUCAAGCCCUAAUGCUUCUAGAGAGCACACUCCCAGCUGAACAAGUGUAGGGGG